UUGAUUUUCUUUCUCUCUUUUAGCCUCUCACUCAGUAUAGCUGCUGCAGUUUAAUGGCAGAAGGCAAAGGAGAACCCAAAAAAUAAAAGAGAAAGUAGAACAAAACACUAGUGUUUUCUAUGCAGCAAUUGGAAUUCGAAAAGACACCCAACAAAGAUAAUCUCUUUCUUUCUAUGAUUAUAUCUUCUUCUGCUACAAUUUAAGAGAUUUCGACCCUUUAACUCAUAUAACACCCACAUAGAUAUAUUUUCCUUUGAUUGCACUUCUCUCCAUCUUUCUGCCUUAAUUAUAUAUAUGUCUUAUGUUUGUAAAGAUUGAGCUUUUAACAAUUGAAGGAGACGUCUUCAUCUGCAUAAUUUUGUUAUUCAUUGUGGCUACCACAAGGAAGCCGCUACCGUCAGACUCAGGAGCCUUUGUAGAUUGGGCGACAUCAUCGUCCACAGCAGCAAUCCGAGCUAGCCCCGAUGAGCUGUCCCCUGGCUUCAAUGCAAACGCCGCCGCCGCGGUGGUGGCUGCAGCACCUGAAUCCGCCACCACUCAAUGGCCACCCUCAGUUCGUCCGCUCAACUACGGCCUUCCCUCAGAAAUGGGAAUGGUUGGUCUUCGCGAUUUCGUUUUUGUCGCUCCUGCGUCUUUUAACCAUCAUCACCAUCACCAUCUCCACCAUGCUCAAGAUCCCAUCAUCGGAAAUGAUCAAUUCAACUGUCACGAUGCUGCCACGGCACUUGGCGUCGGUGUUUUCCCACUUCUUACAGCAUCUCCGUAUUUAGCUCCACAAAAUAUGGAAGAUUCUGAUUUGAUUAAUGACAAUGGCCGUAGCAAACUAAGCGGGAUGCAGUUAUGGCAGAAUCAAAGCUCCCUGCAUAAUCUUAGAAAACCAACUUCAAUCCUUGACAACAACAACAACAAUUCUUCUUCCAUGAAUUUGAUACAAAGCAGUGGCGGCGGCGGUUCAGGUUCAAGCUCAGCCACAACGUGUCAAGAUUGUGGGAACCACGCCAAGAAAGAUUGUACACACAGGAGAUGUAGAACGUGCUGUAAAACUCGGGGCUUUGAUUGCCCUACGCACGUUAAGAGCACGUGGGCACCUGCUGCUAGGAGAAGAGAUCGCCAGCUCAUGGCAGCAGCCGCUACUACUGGCGGAGCUGGCUCAUCGGUGUCGACUUCUGGGGCUAAAAAACCCAGACUUGUCAUUUCACAGGCUACUACGACCACUCAUACUUCAAACACUACUCCAAGAAGCUUUGACACUAACUCAAGUCACCAAGAUGCAGGGUCACUGCCGGGGCAAGUACGGGCGCCGGCGGUAUUUAAGUGCGUAAGAGUGACGGCAGUGGACGAUGGUAAAGAUGAGCAUGCAUAUCAAGCAGUGGUUAGGAUUGGUGGGCGUGUGUUCAAAGGGUUUCUUUAUGACCAAGGAGUACUUGAAGGAAGAGAUGGGUUUCCGGCUAAAUCUGAAUUGCAUAUCCGCCGCGGCGGCGGCGGCGGCAGAAACGGUGGUUCGAGUAAUGGUAAUGCAAUAAAUUGAGAUCAUCUUUCCUAGUAAAGAAAAAAGGUGGAGUGAUCGACUUGGGGGAUCCAUUAUAGUAUAAAUUUGAUCCUUUUUUUCCCUACUUCAUACUGAUUAUUUAUAUGGUUUCGGUGAAUUCUUCUUUUAUACACUCCAUAUCCUUUUGGCUUCAACUGUGUAUUUGGCCAUGAACAAAACAUAGCAGCAGGCCAGCAGUUGUCCUGCAGUUUC